AUGCCUCUUAUUCGAAUACCCAUUGUCGGGCUGGUGGCCGGCCAGUUGGCGUCUAUGAGCGCCCCUGGCUUCUUGUCAAGCGUCACCGCUUUGGAACAUGACCCCCUGAUCCCGGCCCAGGCCCAAAUCAUUGAUCAACGAAGCUUCAAUGUUCUUCAUGACGUCCCGCCUGCGUCCGAAGCCAACGGGUUUACGCCUUUCAUCCCGCCAGGAACAACCUUAGAGUCACUUCUGGCCCAGCCUUUUCACAUCUAUGAUGAGCAAUUCCUGGAAAUCAUCGGGCCCAAUCCAACGUUAACCUUGCUCAACCAUACCGACUCGGACCCGAUAUUCCAUGAAGCUCCUGUCUGGUAUCCUGCCAAGGAUGAGAUGUUCUUUGCCCAAAACGCCGGAGCGCCCGCCGCAGGAACUGGCCUGGCCAAGUCUGCCGUGAUUCACAAGAUCUCGCUGGGCGACAUCACGCCCGAGAUGUCGAGCAAGAGUAAUGCCACGGGCUCGGUAAAGGUGGUGGAGGUGAAUGAGAUGCCUGACGUCGUAAAUCCUAAUGGCGGAACAAACUACAAGGGCCAACUCUUGUUUUUAGGAGAGGGUAAGGGUGAAAACAUUGCCUCGGCGAUGUAUCUCGUGAGCCCAGAACCUCCAUACAACACCACCGUAAUUCUGGACAACUUCUUUGGCCGCCAGUUCAACUCCCUCAACGACGUGUCCAUCAACCCGCGCAGCGGCGAGAUCUACUUUACCGAUCCCACGUACGGAUACAACCAGGACUUUCGGCCAGCUCCGGGGUUACCUAAACAGGUGUGGCGGUUUGACCCGGACACCGGGGCCGUGAGGGUGGCUGCAGACGGGUUCAACAUGCCAAACGGAAUCUGCUUCUCCCCCGACGGCGGCCACGUCUACGUCACCGACACAGGCGCAGCCCAAGCCUUUUUCGGAAGCAACUUUACCUUUCCUUCCACCGUCUACCGCUACACCGUCGACCCCCAAACCGGCAUUCUCCACGACCGCACCACCUUCGCCUACAUCUCCCCCGGCAUCCCCGACGGCAUCCACGUCGAUACAAGAGGAAACGUCUACCUCGGCUGUGGCGACGGCGUGCACGUGUACAACCCGGCGGGAAAGUUGUUGGGCAAGAUUUAUGUGGGUGGCACGUCGGCGAAUUUCCAGUUUGCGGGCCGGGGGAGGAUGGUGAUUCUUGCGGAGACGAGGGUGUAUUUUGCGACGUUGGAGGCGGAGGGGGCGUUUCCGGGGGUGUUAUAUGAGUAG